AUGCAUAAUCAACGUACCGGAUACGCCUCGAUUCCGAUCUUUUCACGCGAUUCGAACGGGGGAAAGCAGUGUCGUCGACGCAAAGCUCGCACGGUGUUUAGUGAUCACCAACUGCUAGGGUUGGAGCAUCGUUUCGAGACGCAACACUAUCUAUCAACCCCGGAACGAAUUGAGCUGGCUAAUCAACUGAGUCUGUCAGAAACACAGGUGAAAACGUGGUUUCAAAACCGGCGCAUGAAACAUAAAAAAAUGAAACGAGCAUUUAACAAUUCCGGAUUCACGGGGACAUCUAGCGGGAGUAAAGAUGGCUUGGUGAUCUGUGCAGACGAAGAUGAGGAGGAGGACACAACCAAAAGAACCGGAUCAACUCCAUCAGACAAAGAUGUGGAUCCGGCAGAAGAUAUAAGCAAUCCAGACGAAUCAGUCGUGAUCGGUCAGGGAGUCGACGAGCAAGACGGAUUCAGUGAUAGACAAACACCGUUGCCCGACGACUCGAUCCAUGGAAACGAGUCUCAUUUCGGUCCAGUGGACUCCUGGCCAAACGGAUCCGGAUUAAUGCGAUGCUCGUUUCCAACUCCGGGUAGAAGUGAAAUAAAACAACAACUACAACAACAACCAGUGCACCCUGACGGUGAAUCAGUUCCAACGAAAGGUCAUCGGGUUAACAAGUCUGUCCUCUCUCAUUUGAUAUCAUUUACACACAAACAUCGGAAAGUGGAUCGAGCUCUGGCUCAGACUGCGAGUGCUUUUCGAGAUCUGGACUCUAAUCUGUCCAGUAUACACAGUUCGACUGUUUCACAUGCGGGAGCAGGAGAGGUGGACUUGAGGGAGGUAAGUUGGUUGCAGAGUUUUGGUGCACCGAGACAAACGACCGAGUUGAAUCAUACCGAACAAACGCCAAACUUACAACAACCACCCCCACCUGUACCACCUUAUUGGUUUUGUUCAAUGGGAUCAUGGAACACAAAUACCACAUUGAAUAAAUCUUCAACAUGA